AAUCGGGCUGCUGCUUGCAUAGAUGCCACUGUCGGGGACAUGUACGUUGCUGUGGUACUGUCUGUCUUUGUCUGUUCUGCGCUGGAUAUUUUCUCAUGGAGUAUGGUGCAGCUGGCAAAGGAAGCGUUGGUUGUUCUAAUGACCAGGCUGGUUCGGCUGCAGUGGGAUGAUGCCCUUAGGGGAUCGUCGGUGCGGACACACGCACCAGCACCGGUAUGGAUGAUAUUCAUUUCUGGUUUGCAGGAGGAUGCGAGAGAGAGAGUGUCAACGAAACGAGGAUAUUCUGAUGUUUUCUUUGAGCUGGAUUUGGCAACACGAGUGCAGUAUGCUCUGAAUCUGAAUCUGAAUCUGGAGGAGUAUAACAUUGCUAAGCAACUGAGGAACAAGCUGACUAAGAUCUGA